CCGGAUAGAACCCGAAGUGGCCCGCUUGUUUUCGAGGAUCGACUGGCUGAACCGUCUGGAUCCACUCAAGAUGUAUUGACUGUAUAUAACAAUCCCUAUGCUUCCUUGAAUAUGAAACAACAACGAGCCCGUCUUCCCAUCUACAAGGUGUGGUGUCAUUCGAUAUAUCGAUUUUUGCAUAUAUUAGCCAGCGGUUGCAUUCUCUUUCGGAGUCUGCAAAAACGGGGACCAACUCCCCACCCCCUGCGCCUCAGCUUUCCCCUCCUUGAUUUGAACCGCGAUCACGUUUUGUACCUGUGUGAAAAAUAUCGAACGGUCAUCAUAAUUGGAGAAACAGGAUGUGGGAAAAGUACUCAGGUGCCCCAGUAUCUUAUGGAGGCUGGGUGGGCUAACGAUGGACGAAUGAUUGCCAUAACACAACCAAGGAGAGUUGCUGUGGUCACGUUCAUGACAGACGGUAUUCUUCUGAGAGAACUGCUGACAGAUCCUCUGCUAUCAAAGUAUAGCGUUAUUAUGAUAGAUGAAGCACACGAGAGAACGUGUAACUCUGAUAUCUUAUUGGGGCUCCUUCGAAAGGUGUUGAUAGUACGGUCCGAUCUUCGAAUUGUCGUAUCCUCGGCGACGCUAGAUGCUGAGGUAAUCUUUUUCUGCACAUCAUUCUUCAUUUAUGAACCCAUUUCAGCUAUUCCGAGAUUUUUUUGAGU